UACAGUCCGUGUGUACUACUGGUAACGAUCAUCAGUGUGUAUGAGGUGAACCGCGCGCUCUUCUUCUCUGGGCGUCUCCAGCUGUCUUCACCGUAUUCUUUCAGAGUCUCACAGCCGCAGACAUGACUCUACCUCUGGGAUGGCUCUCAGUUGUAGCCGCGGGUGUUUUCUCUGCUCAUGUUUUGCAGAAACUCUGCUUCCCAUACUUUUGGAGGGACCUCUUAUUCCUGCUUAAAGUGAUCAGGUACGGAGUAAAGCUGGAGCUGUCCAAGCUGACAGCCAGCGUGUGUACGGUCCUGGACAAGUUCAUCCAGCAGGCUCAGCGCAUACCCGACAAGCCGUUUGUUAUCUACGAUGGAAACGUCCACACCUAUCGGGACAUCGAGCAGCGUAGCAACAGACUCGCCAAUGUUUUCCUCGAGACAGUACACUUGAUGAAAGGAGACUGCAUCGCCUUGCUGAUGAGCAACGAGCCCGACUUCCUAUGCGUUUGGUUCGGGUUGGCGAAGGUUGGCUGCUCGGUGGCUUUCCUCAACACCAACAUCAAGUCCAAGUCUUUGCUACAUUGCAUCAACUGCUGUGGAGCUAAAACUCUAAUAGUUGGUUCAGAUUUAGUGGAAUGUCUGGACGACAUCCUAACCAGCCUGCUGGAGGACGGCAUUCAGGUGUGGGCCAUGAAGAGCCAGAGUGAGCGCACACAAGUGCACACUCUGUUGGAUAAGAUCGAUGCUGCCUCAGACCAGCCUGUACCAGCAGUGUUAAGAGCCACCACCUCCUUAAAAUCCCCCACUCUCUACAUCUUCACCUCUGGAACAACUGGGCUCCCUAAGGCUGCAGUGAUCACCCACCUCCAGAGCUUGAAGGCAGCAGCAGGGUUUUGGGCGUUUGGAGCAACUGAAGAUGAUGUAAUGUACAUCCCUCUGCCACUUUACCACAGUGCAGCUUCACUGAUCGGUAUAGGAGGAACCAUAGAGCUGGGUGCAACCUGCAUCUUAAAGAGGAAGUUCUCAGCCUCCCAGUUCUGGAAUGACUGUCGAAAUCAUGAUGUUACUGUUUUCCAGUAUAUUGGUGAACUAUGCAGAUACCUCUGCAACCAGCCUAAGACAGAGAUUGAUGAAAUUCACAAGGUGCGUAUGGGAGUUGGGAAUGGACUGCGACAGGACGUUUGGCAGGAGUUCCAGAGUCGCUUUGGAAACAUUAAAAUGUGUGAGGUGUAUGGCUCCACUGAGGGAAACCUGUGUUUCAUGAACCACAUCGGCAAAAUUGGAACUGUGGGCCGCUCCAACUUCUUCUACAGGCUCCUGUUCAAGUAUGAUCUGAUAAAGUAUGAUAUGGUGAAAGAUGAACCAGUGAAAAAUCUAUAUGGUUUCUGUCAGCGAGUGGAGAGGGGUGAGACAGGGCUUCUACUGUCCAAGGUGAGCGCCAUUAGCCCAUUCUUUGGCUAUGCUGGAAGCAAGCAGCUGACUGAAAAGAAGCUGAUGAGAGAUGUGUUCGUGAAGGGAGAUGCCUACUUUAACACAGGUGACCUCAUGGCUGAAGACCAGGAGGGCUUCAUCUGUUUCAAAGACAGAGUGGGAGACACCUUCAGGUGGAAGGGUGAAAAUGUAGCAACAACAGAGAUAACAGAGACUCUUGGGCAGGUGGAUUUUAUCCAAGAGGUUAAUGUGUAUGGAGUGGAAGUACAAGGGCACGAAGGCAGAGCAGGUAUGGCUGCCAUGAUUACAAGACCAGGCUGCAUGUUUGAUGGGAAGAAACUUUUUGAGCAUGUGGUGAGGGACAUACCAGCUUAUGCUCGUCCACUCUUCAUAAGGCAUCAGGAGGUCAUGGAAAUGACGAGCACCUUCAAGCAGCAGAAGUUUCAUCUGGUACAGAGCGGCUUCAACCCCUCAACAAUCUCUGAUCUUCUAUAUGUGUUGGACUACCAGCUGAUGAGCUACAUUCCUUUAACAGACAGUAUCUACCAGAGCAUCCUCUCUGGGGAACGCAAGCUAUAGACCUCCAAAGAAUGGAUGUGAUGAUGAUACAGUUUGAAACAAUGCACAAAGCAGAGUAGAAAUAAACACGGCUUAUCGAAGCACGUUGUAUUCAGUGGAAUAAUGACAAUUUGCUAUGGUCUAAAUGAAAAGCCAUUGUCUAAUUAGUGAAUUAUAGGAUCACGAAGAGUUGAUUGUAUACAUGUGAAUGGUGAUGUCCUGAUGAGAUUUCUUUGUUAAACAAAAGAUCGAAGGAACGUGAAUGUAUCACCAUGAAAAAACAACUUCUAAAUUAACUUUAUUUUACCCUCACAUCAGCUGAAACAAUGUGUUUGUCAUUUUAAUAAGGAAGCCCCUCUUUUGCCAAUGCAUUUGAUAAAAACACUGCUAAACACCUAAUUUAAAGGCCCUUAAAGGUCUACUGUAUGGAAUUUAGUGGCAUCUAGCUGUGAGGCUUCCCAUUCUCAUUCUCGGGUCGUCAAAUAACAAUGCUUCAUGCCCUAUGGCCUCUUAUAGCUACGCACAGGGCAUUCUUUAGUGUCUCUAUGUGAUGCACGGCUGAAACACAUUGUAACUUGGUUAAGUUUGUGAAACAGUCGCAGUUAGCUUUAGUCAACAUACCUACUUAGUCAGGUUUAGAAAAAAGAUCAUGCUUUGAUUUAAACGAGCCCAGUGCUCGUUCAAAACAUGCCUGUUCAGAAUGUGCUGAUUGCUUGGCCUGUGGUAUCCCUGCUCGCAGCUUUCUCAAGAACUGCUCAUCCAAACAUCACACUUGAAACUGCUUCUUUGAGCAAUACACCUGGACCCAUAGAUUAUUUUAUGAUGUUUAGGUAUGGACAUAUAAAAUUAUGUUGCUAUUUUAAGUCAUUGUACCCCAUAAUAAUGUAAAAAAAAAAAAAAAAAAAAUACUCAGCGCUGUGCGACUUACUUACUAUGUAUUUGUAUUUCUACUUCAGAGGAAAAAUAUUGUAGGUCUACAAUUACAUUUACCUGACAGUGACAUGUUAUGUUUAUCAAUUAAGAUGUGAUGCAUUAAUAUUCAUUCAACUAUUCAGCAUUUUAUGAACUGAAUACUCCACCUUAAACAGAUAUUAGUAAAUUCAAGUACAAUGUGCUGGUAAUGCCUGUUUUUCACUAUUCAGUUUAAGUAAAUAUUUGAAUGCAGGAUUUUACUGUGUAGUAUUUAGAGUUUAUUCUUUUAUAUAUACACACAAACACACAUACACACACACACACACAUAUAUAUAUAUAUAUAUAUAUAUAUAUAUACACAUCAUAUAUUGCAUUCAAACAGAUAGUACACUCUAGCGCCUCACUGUUUCAACAAUGGUAGCCGCUGCGUACCAAAAAGCUAUGAUAACAUUGAUGAAACCAUAGAUAUCAUAUACAGUAGAUACCUUCGGCUUCGGCCCGCUUCAGCGAUGCGUCAACGUCGCCGCCAUCUUGGGGAGGUCACUGCCUGCUGGCUAGUACUGUUGUGUAUGGGGAUAAGUCUUCAGCAAACUUGCCAUGCUCACUCAAAAGUCUCAAAGUGUAACUGGGUGCCGGUCCAAAAUACUACAGCAAAGCAGAAAAACCCGACAGCACUCACUAAUGUAUAAUACUUUUUAAUAUAAUGGAUUGCACAGCAGCAGUCAAAUGGACGUGUUUCAGCUCAUAGCCGUCCUCAGCGUUAGGAAAUGGCCACUUACUGACCCUCAUGCCGACAAGAAGUCAAUCAAUCAAUCAAUCAAUUUUAUUUAUAAAGCCCAAUAUCACAAAUCACAAUUUGCCUCACAGGGCUUUACAGCAUACGACAUUCCUCUGUCCUUAUGACCCUCGCAGCGGAUAAGGAAAAA